UCCGCUCGGAUUCGUCCAAUGCCACACAGUGCCUCCCUUGAUAUGCGAUCUCAUGUGCGCAGUAGUUAUAUCAGCAGUGGAUUCAAUCAACGGAAUGAUCUGGUCAUUGUCUCAGGUGCUCUGGGCGGCACACUCACCCUAAUUCAACCCCAGCGUCUCCGCUUUCAGCGCUUUCAAUGGGACUCGAGUGAUAUCAAUUGUGCUGACUUCCUACAGUCAACUGUGGUGAUUGGACAGAAUUCAGGUCGCGUACGGAUGUUGAGUCUAGCUGCAGCUGUCCCACUAACCUCGGCCGAUCUCCGUGUGGAGGUAUCCAAUCUAUGUACAAUUGAUUCUUCCGGCGGAGAGUUCUUAGCGGGACCUAGCGAAGAGAGCGAAAAUGACGACCACAAAGGCCGCCUCUCAUGGAUCCGCAUCUUCAGGACCUCUACACCCACUUCUACGGAAAUAUUUAGGAUGGUCACCUACUGUCGUGUUGGAGCUGUGUCUGUGUGGAGUAUCAACUCCACUGGGGAUUGUCGCCUGCUUCGAAAGUUCGCUGCUGGCUACCUCCGCAUCAUUAACCCCAGAACGGCCAAAUAUGAACAAUCAGCUCAAUUAACGCCUCCGGUGUUGGCUGCUGCACCAGCUGAUCCUGAGCACAAUCAUAAUCAACAACGCCGUGCAGUUCGACAGAAUUCAGAGGAGUGGAUACGCGGUUUGGGUCCCCUGGGUAUUUCCUCUAGUUGUGAUGGCAGGAAACAACUUAUCUGCGGCCUCCAAGACAACGGGCGCACCAUUUUUAUUAUCCCUAAAUCAAGUAUUCUCAGAUAA